AUGGAUCCGAAUCCGGCAACCAGCGUACCGGAGGUGAUACUGAGCUCCAGCGGCCGGAGGAUGCCGUUGCUCGGAAUGGGUACGGCGACUUCUCCUCUGGUCGGAUCCGGCGCCACCAAGUCCGCCGUCGUCCAAGCCAUCGAGUUGGGUUACCGCCACUUCGACACAGCUACUCUGUACCAAACUGAGGAAUCUCUCGGGGAAGCCAUCGCCGAAGCUCUGUCUCGUGGGUUAAUCGAAUCCCGCGACGAGCUCUUCGUUACAUCCAAGCUUUGGUGCAGCGACGCCCAUCCCGAUCUCGUUCUCCCCGCCCUCCAAAAAAGCCUCCACCAUCUUCAACUGGAGUAUCUGGAUCUGUAUCUGAUUCACUGGCCGGUGAGCUCGCGCCAGGGAACGUACGAGUUCCCAAUCAUGAAGGAAGAUUUCAUGGCGAUGGAUUACGCGGGUGUGUGGGGUGCGAUGGAGGAGUGUCAAAAGAUGGGUCUGACCAAGAACAUUGGAGUCAGCAAUUUCACCUGUAAAAAGCUCACGGAUCUGCUCGCCCUUGCCAAGAUUCCACCCGCUGUGAAUCAAGUAGAGAUAAACCCACUAUGGCAACAGAAGAAGCUGAGGGAUUUCUGCAAGUCGAAUGGGAUCAUCCUGAGCGCGUAUGCUCCAUUGGGAGCCAAAGGAACCGUUUGGGGGAGCAACAGGGUCCUCGAAAAUGAAGUCCUAGGAGAAAUUGCCCGUGCCAAAGGGAAAACUGUUGCUCAGGUUUGCUUGAGAUGGGCAUACGAGCAGGAGGUUUGCGUUGUGGUGAAGAGCUUCAACCAGGAGAGGAUGAAGGAGAAUCUCGACAUCUUCAGUUGGGCGUUUAGUGAAGAAGAGAACAAGAAGCUGAGUGAGAUCCCCCAAAGCAGAGGAUGCCAGGGACAGGAUUACAUCUCAGACCAAGGCCCUUUCAAGACUAUUGAGGAGCUUUGGGAUGGAGAAAUCUGAAUCUGGAGUUGAAUUAGUAGUAACAUUAUAUAUGUAAUGUAGCCUCUUUUGAUGUAAGAUACUUCCCAAUAGUUCCAUUCAUGGAACUCUGCUCCAGUUGUAACAGGAAAAGUAGCAUGGAAGGAAACUAAACCUGGCUUUUGUCUUUAAAUGGAAAAGAAUUUGUCUUUUUCUUUUUUACAAAGGUAAAUCUUGUAUUGCACUAGAUCGGUUACAAAGA